UUUCAAUUUGCCUUCUGCAUCAUCACCAGCAGUCCAGUAGCAUGAACGACGUGCAUCUCGGCGUCGGCUUUGCCCUCAUUGCGUACCUCCUCUGGGGGUUCCAGCCCAUCUACUGGAAGCAGCUCCUCGACGUCAACUCGUAUGAGCUCAUUCUCCACCGCGUGGUCUGGUCGUACCCGAUCCUCCUCGUCUUCCUCGCGCUCAACGGCGAGCUCAAGACGUACUGGACCGCGAUUACAACGUGGCGCACGUACAAGGUCUACUCAGUCUCGGCGCUUCUCCUCGGCAUCAAUUUUUUCUUUUCGCUGUGGGCCGUCAACGCCGGCCACAUUUUGCAAAUGAGCCUCGGGUACUUUGUGAACCCGCUUUUUAGCGUCCUCCUUGGCGUCGUCUUCCUCAAGGAGCGCCUCCCGAUGCUCCAAUGGGUCGCGAUCGGUAUCGCGACGGUCGGUGUCGUCAUCGUCACGAUUGGCUACGGCGAGUUUCCGUGGAUUGCGCUCACGAUUGCGGCGGUGUUUGGCUUUUAUGGCCUCGUCCAGAAGAAGGCGCCGCUCUCCGGUCUCGUCGGGUGCUCGGUCGAGCUUCUCCUGCUCUUUGUCCCGUGCUUGAUCGCGCUUCUCGUGCUGGAAGGCCGCGGCACGGGCGUAUUUGGCCACUCGGACGCGUCGACCAACUGGCUCAUCUUUGGCUGUGGCGCGGCGACGAUUCUGCCGCAAAUCGCCUUUGUGUCGUGCCUCAAGUACAUUACGCUCUCGCUCCUUGGCAUCGUCCAGUUUGUCGGCCCCACGAUCCAGACGCUUGUCGGCGUCUUCAUGUACGACGAAGACUUUGGCUCGAUGAAGCUCGCCGGCUUUAUCUGCGUGUGGAUCUCGCUCGUCAUUUUCACGGUUGACGGGCUCCGUGCCAAGGCGCCCGAGCCGAUCGUGGACGACGCCAAGGUCAGCGACAGCUGCGAAGACGGCACGAGCUCCGACAACAACUCCAAGGCCGAGUACCGCGGGAUCGUCGACGCCCGCGUCUAAGCGUGUCGACAGUUAGUUUAUUAUGUCUAGUCAAUAGAAAUAUAGUUUUGUGCAAA